UUUAGUUCGAUUUCGUGUGCGGACGUCGACUGUCAGACGGCUCCAAGAAUUUAGCCGGGCAAUCGGGAAAAUCAAAAUAUAAAAACCCAGGGAAAAUUGGCAACGCGUGUUUACAUUUUAAUUUCCUUACGUACCAACCCUAAAUAAAUAUGUAAAAGUCAUUUGGGAGAAAAGAAAAUUCACAUUUAUUUUUAUUGAAUAUAUUAUAGUCAGCGGAUAUACAUAUGCCUUAUAUUUAAAUCUCGUGCGGAUCGUUUCAAUUGCGUUGAGCAGAGUUAUAAAUAAGACUGCUACUUGAAUUGUUUUCCAUAAGACCAUCAAAUAAAAGAAAUCCCAAACACCAAACACCAAACGAAGAAAGGGGGCGGAACGAUUUUCCUCCCAUCAACAAUGCGGCAAUAUUUACUUUUGCUUGGCGCGCUCAACGCGCUGCUGGCCUCAGCUUACGCCAUCAAGUGUUUCGCCUGCGAAUCCGUCUACGAUGCGAGUUGUGGCGAGGACUUCGAAGUGGAGAACUACUUCAAGCUCGACUGCGCCCUCGUUGCCCCGCCGCGCUUUUUGGAGAACGAUCUGCUCAGCGUGAACGCCACUGCCUGUUUGAAGCGGGUGUUUAAAGAAAAUGGCGUGCGUAAGAUCGUUAGGGGCUGCUUUUUUGGCGAUGUAAAUGCCACCGAUGUGUGGUGCAGGAUGGAUCCCACUCUGACGGCGGUGCAGAAUAGCAGUUGUCAUGUGUGCGACAACGAUAACUACUGCAAUGGAGCGGAGGGUCCAGUGGACAAGGGGAAAAUAUUGGCCAGUCUGGUCUUGUUUCUCUUGGCAGCGCUUCUCACCUAAAACCUGGAGGACGCAGCGCAAUUUUGGGACAGGAAAUGCACAACAAAAGGCACAAUAACUUAAGUAAACCUAGUCUAUUUAGAUGUAUUCCCAGGGCCCAGAACCAUCAAUUACCAAAACCCACAUUCUUACCACCCGCAACCUGGCCAAAUCUGCCCCACUGUAUUAAUGGUCAAUCAACGGCAAACAGGGCGUAUGAGCAACAUCAGCAGAUACGAGCCGAAAAGCUGGCAAACAAAUUUCGAACGAGCCAAAUGCAAACUAAUAAAAAAAUAAUUGUACACAGAA